GCGCCACGACCGCUUUCGUCUUCGCCGCGCGAUAGACGGCGGAGGAGUGGGGGAACAUUUACGUUUCACGUUGACACGCUGGCGCCGUACUGGUGGGGGGAACCGGCAGCGGUCACGUGAUCAGCUGGCGCCGCGCUGGUGGGAGGAGGACCGGCCGCGAGACGUUCGUACGACCAGACUCGCCGGCAUUCUGAGCUGAUAAGUCGCCAGUGUCGGAUCGUGAGAAAGUGGAGAGGGAUUCUCGCGCUCCUUCGCACCUCGCAGGACAUUUAAAUCGACCGCAGGUAGACGGACCGACGAUCUGAGAGGCCGACUCCGGAAAAAAAAGAAGGAAAUCGCCUCUCUCUCUCUUUCUCUCUCCUCUCCUCAUGAUUCUCUCGAGAAAAUAAACGAACUAGUCGCUCGUGGACUUUCAACAAUCACGAAUCGCGCGACGAUUUAACAGUGGCACCGGCCGAAAAACCUUCCGCACACACACACAACACUACGCUUAUUUAUUAGGAUCCUCAAAGCGUCCCGCGACGCAUUAUAUAUUUAUUAUCUCUUUUUGUGCUUCGAUUCGCGGAAUAUAAUACGUGUGAGAAGAGGAACAAGUAGCGAAGAAAACGAAGAGUACAUCAAUCGCACGAUUCUCAUCGCCCGACCGAAGAGACAGGGAAAGAAGAAUAAAACCUCUCUUCUCGGAAAGGCCAAGAAAAAUGUGUAAGUACGCGAGAAACUGAUCGAACGAACGGAAUUUAUACGAGCCUGUCGCAGUCGCCCGUUGGUCGUGCACGCAUAUACACAUAUAUACACGCGUGUAUAAUUCCGUGGUACACGCACGUAUAUACUCGUUCGUCAUCGUCAUCGUCGUCGUCGUCGUUUCGCGAUUCGUCGCGAGUGAUCAGUCGUCUCUCUGCCUCGUCCGCAGUGAAAAAGUGAGUUGAGUGUCUUUUCGUGCCCCUCUCUCUCUUUUGUUCUUUCUCUCUCUUUUUGGUCUCGGAAUCUUCGUCGAGGACAGAAAACACGGUUCCGAGGAACGCGAGAGAGAGAGAGAGAGGGAGAAUCGAUCGAUCGGUUCGAUUUCCGGUGAAAAUCCAUCGCGAUGGAUCUCCUGUGCUGCGAAACCACGGAGAACGAAUGCCGGGCUUACGCGGAUCCGGCCCUCCUCGGCGACGACCGGGUUCUGCAAAACCUCCUGCAGACCGAAGAGCGCUAUGCGCCAAGCAGUUCCUACUUCGAGUGCGUUCAGAGGGACAUUUCGCCGCUCAUGCGCCAGAUCGUCGCCGAAUGGAUGUUCGAGGUAUGCGAUGAACAGAAGUGCCAGGACGAGGUCUUCCCGCUGUCGAUGAACUACGUUGACAGGUUCCUGUCGAUCUGUCCGAUCAAAAAGUCGCAGUUGCAACUACUCGGCACCGCCUGUCUUCUCCUGGCAUCGAAGCUACGUGAAACGUCACCGCUCACGGCCGACGUUCUGGUUUUCUACACCGAUAACUCCAUCACUCUCGACGAUCUAUGGAGGUGGGAACAGCUGGUCGUCUCUAAGCUAAAAUGGGAGCUGUCCGCGGUGACACCCGGCGACUUUUUGAUGCACAUCCUCAACAGAUUGCCGAUGCCACGCACUUGGGACACCGUGAUGGUCCGAAAGCACGCACAGACCUUUAUCGCUCUCAGCGCCCGAGAAUACAAGUUCUCCAUGUACACGCCGAGCAUGAUAGCGGCGGCGAGCGUCGCGGCGGCGUUACACGGACUGGACUGGACCGGGAAGAGCGGCUACGGACUAGCCGGACUCCUGGACGAGCUCACCCGCAUCACGGCCAUUGAACAGGAUUAUCUGCAUGGCUGCCUACAGCAGAUCGAGGAGAUGAUCGCACAGGCCGCCCACGCGAGCACCGAGAGCUCCGGAAGCGGAAGCGGACACCAGACAAUGAGCACCGGUGUCACAAGCGCGCCGCAGAGGCCGCUGGGGGACCAAAACAAUACGAGUCAGGAGAAGAUAUUGGAGCACGAGAAAGCGGGCACGCCGACCGAUGUCAGGGACGUACAUUUUUGAAAACCGCAGCAGGGGGACACUCCGUAGGAGCCGACACACCGGUGAGUCUCACAGCCGAAGAGGAGAAGUUGCCCUCCAGCGAAGAGGACGACAACGAUGAUGAUGGACAGCCGGCGAAGAAACGAAAGAUGAUUCCAGAAGAGCAACAGGACACGCCGGAAGAGAAGCGUGACGAGGUAGCUGAUUGUCCUUUGAAAAGAAAAACUUCUCCCGAAGAAUCUCGAGAUCGAACCUGAUCGCUCGCUAAUCGCGCGUUUGGUUGAAUGGAAACUGCGACACGAAUUAUUAUCGUUUAUAUAAACCAAAAACAGAUAGGACGCAUUUUAAGCGAGUAGGGGAUGCAUUUUGAAUAAAUAUGAAGUUUAUUUCGAUAUGUGAUUGACGGAACGUACUUAUGCGAGAGAGAAUUUUUUAUGUUCUUGAAUUUAUACAUAUUUUGCGAAGGUGUGUGCAGUUGUGUACGUACAUGUCCUAGAUGGAUUAAAGAACUUUUUUUUCCCCCACAAGCAUAGUCCAAACAGUAGUCCAAACUAAUAUAUCAAUUAUUCAAUUAUGAUACAUUUAUAUAAUACGUUCAUCAUCGUCGAUGAUAAAUUUUAAUAGUACUUUAAAAGUUUAUUUUCUUUUUUAAAUCGCUUCAAGAUUUGCAAACUGUGACAGGGAACAUGGUUAGUUUAUUGAUUUUAAAUUGAAAAAGUAAAAAUCAAAGUACUGAAAAGCAAAUAAAAAUUA